AUGUCUGCUCCCAAGCCAAAUCUCGAUGGGAUCCUAAGCGAUAUUCUCGCCCGCCGGGAAGCCAAGAGCCAGCGUCGUCGUCUCACCGUCGUGCCUCCCAACUGCGCCGACUUUUCGUCGAAUGCCUACCUCUCUCUCGCCACUCGAGGAGAUAUUCAGCGUGAUAAGCCCCCUCUCUUGGGAUCUGGCGGCUCCCGUUUACUCGACGGGAACUCCGAUUUCGCUGAGAACCUGGAGCGCGAGAUCGCCAGCUUUCACCGCGCGCAAGCCGGUCUGCUCUUUAAUUCGGGUUUCGACGCCAACGUCGGCUUGUUUAGCUGCGUACCCCAGCCGCAGGACACGAUCGUGUAUGACGAGCUGAUCCACGCCAGCGUCCACGAUGGCAUGAGGGGAGUCGGGCGAAGCGCACGAUAUCUUUUGCCCAUAACCAAAACCUUGGCUAGCGAAGAUGAGCACGUUCGCAACGGUGCUCGCAACGUCUUCAUCGCGGUGGAAGGUGUAUACAGCAUGGACGGUGACGUGGCGCCCCUCCAGGAGAUUGUGGAAUGCGUCGAAUCGCUUCUCCCGCACGGUAACGGCUACAUUAUCGUCGACGAGGCUCACUCGACCGGUAUUAUUGGGGAGCGUGGUAGGGGGCUAGUCUGUGCCUUGGGCCUAGAGAAUCGGGUUUGGGCACGGCUCCACACGUUUGGGAAGGCCAUGAGCUGCUCGGGGCCAUCGUUUUAUGCUCGCCGAUAA